AUGGCGGCCAAUCUGGCCCAGUGCCAAACAUUGGCGCGCAAAGCAGUUGCGGCUGGUGCUAAAGCGUUGUUCCUUCCCGAGGCGUCGGAUUAUAUUGCCUCCUCUCCCGCAGAGAGCAUCUCUCUAGCACGUCCUGUGCAGGAUAGUGAGUUUGUAUUGGGAUUGCAGCGAGAGGCUCAGCAGGGAAACUUGCACAUCAACGUCGGCAUUCAUGAGCCCGCGCCUGAUGGCAGGAUCAAGAACACUCUCGUCUGGAUCAACGAGAAAGGCGUUAUUACUCAGCGCUACCAAAAGGUGCAUUUAUUUGAUGUGGACAUAAAAGGCGGUCCUGUCCUAAAAGAGAGCGCGAGCGUCGAGAAGGGGAUGGAAAUCCUGCGCCCAUUCGAUACUCCAGUGGGACGUGUUGGUCUCGCCAUCUGCUUUGACGUGAGCUUCAAGGGAAUUCCCAUGAAGAAAGGAAAGUACAACUAA